GCGCGUAAAUGCGGCCAUGUUUAAAAAUAAAUUAUUUUUAAUCGUUACUAUCAAAAGGCGAAGGUCUUUCAAAUACAGCCAGUAGUUCAGUGUGAACAAAACCGAAUGUCUAGGGAUGUUCACCAAUAGUUUGAAGCGUACACGACUAAUCGCUCAGGUCAAGUUCAUUUUGUGUUUACUCCGUGUUAACAUUAGCAAAAUGUGAAAAAAACUCAGUUGAUAUGCCGCCUCCACGCGGCAUACUUUAUUAAAACAUGAAUAAUUAGUUCAAAAUGACUUUUUGGUUGUAUCUCGCGGUCUUUCUGUGCGGUGGGUUGUGUCAGAGUGAAGAGAGUGAUUUAGGAUACGGUUUGAAUAUUGGAAAUGCUAUCGACGUGUUCGCCAACUAUGGAGAUCUCUCGCAAGUUACACAAGUGGUAUCCGCUGAUUACGAGGAAGAAAGCCCCGAGCACGUGGAACCAUUCAGAGAGAAGAAUAUACGUUUAUUCUUAAACACCAGCAGCCGACAGGUCUCGGGAGAAACGAUGAUCGAUAUGAACAUCUUACUUUGUGAAACUUUCGAUGACCUCUUAGCGACUUACUUCGAAAACUUUAGAAUAGAAGGAACAGACAAGCCUUGGAAAGCGUUCUUAGGCGAUUGGAUACUCGACGAAAUAAUGCGGGCAUUCGGUAUCGAAUACGACAGUAAACCUGACAACUGUUGCUAUGUGCUGGUCAAACUAAUGAAAGUCCAUAAGUCUGUGCAAUUGGAUAGUUUGGAAAAUGUCACCGUCAGAGAAUAUGUUAAAAGGGCUAUAGACAAACUAAAUGUGAGCGAUACUAGCGAAAUUAGAAGAUUUAUGAAGAGCUAUGGAACACACUACAUCGAUUCCUAUGUUACUGGGAAUUUUAUUUAUCAAGUUUUUAAAUAUAAGCGGACAGGCUACAACCUUCUCCGAGCGUAUAUUCGGCAACGCAACAUGCGUCACUCAAGUUCUGAUAAUCUGCGAUUCUAUUUCUCAUCGUAUUUCCUCAAACAAGUCGGAGAAAUACGGAUAGCCAGUGGUAACAAAACAGUGGAGACAUGGGCAAAGACGAACUUAAGGGACAGCCAAUACUUAUAUUCGAGACCAAGUCUUCUUCGGUUGCAUUACAAUCCAAUAUUAGCGUUUAAAUUAAACGAUUUGUUAGACAACGGGGCAUUACUUGGUCUUGGUCUUAAAACUCUAAAACCAUUGUUCAAAGACCCGCGUAAAGCCAACAUGUUCGCUGAGAUUAUAGAAAACGAUAUGAAACUAUGGGAAGUUAACGCUUAAGAUUAAUUAUUAAUUAAUUAAAUACGGGUAAAAGAAUAAUUUAAGAUCACCAGACCUUUUCUUUCUAAUAAACUAUUGUCUGUUAAUGUAUUUUCUUAUUAAAUAACAUUGUUUCUAAAAAAAAUUACCUAUCGAAAGUAAUGGUGAUCUUAGAGAAUUUUUUUUUAUACAAUUUGAUAAGAACAUUGUGUGAAGCCGUUUAGAUUAAAACGUUCAGUGCCACGAUUUUUUAAAUAUUAAUGUCCAAUCGUAGAACAAACGGUGGCAUUGAACGUUAAUCUAUACUUAGAGGACGUCUAAAAGAUAAACAGAAAAUGUAGACAGUUCCCUUACAUCUUAACUACGAAGAUGUAGUUGUAUAUAGUUAAUUAAAAUUUGAAUCAUUCCAUUACAAAACCAUUAAUGUGGUUUAACAGUAUUUUACAAUAAAUUGUUUAAAAUCAAAAGUUUUUGUUUUAAUAA